AUGACCUCUCACCAGAACGGGCACCCGUUGCGCAAUGGUUUGAUCAACCAAGCGGGCAAGAAGCGUCGCACUUCGGACGAGCUGCCUUCGUUUUUGGGUAAUUACAUACCCGUCUUACCGAAUGGUCCCGUUCAAGGGCACCCUUCAAGCUCGAGGCUGCCGAGGCGCGUGAAUUGGAACGAAAUAUGGAGACGAUCUCUGGGAAUAGUAGGGAUGCUACGGUCAUGGAGGCCCAGGGACCUGCUCGGCAUACCACUUGCCUUGAUCAUCAUCUGGUGGGUGGUGCUUUGGUGGGGCGAAGAGGUCGUCUUCAGGCACAGCGUGGAAAAUUGCGCCUGGAGCAACUGGGAAAGCUGGCCCGCUACAUCCACUCCCCACCACGUCGCGCUCAUCGCUGAUCCUCAACUCGUCGAUCCCCACACCUACCCCGGACGCCCCUGGCCACUUUCUACGCUCACAGUCCGCUACACUGAUCUCUACAUUCGCAAGUCCUUCCAGCAGAUCCAGAGUAUACUGGCUCCAGGCUCCGUCUUCUUUCUAGGUGAUCUCUUCGAUGGAGGACGAGAGUGGUCGACAGGUGAAGCCGAAGGGGGAAAAAGCGUGGACAAGAGAUGGAGAAAGUACGACAAUAGGUUCUGGUUGAAGGAGUAUAAAAGAUUCGCCCGUAUUUUCUUCAACACCUGGCUACGAGGUGGACAGGGUCAGAAUGGUCGAAAGAUGGUGGCCGGACUUCCCGGCAAUCAUGACCUUGGGCUUGGAAAUGGUAUACGAUUACCCGUGAGAAAGAGAUUCCAGGCCUAUUUCGGAAAUGGGAACAGAAUAGAUAUUGUUGGGAACCACACAUUCGUGUCUCUGGACACCGUCUCACUGAGCGCAAAGGGACAACCCGAUCCAGCUACUGGCAGCCAGGGGAUAGAUGAAUCGAACAAAGACAUCUGGGGCCCCGUGGAACAGUUCCUACAUACUGCUCAAGGGGAGAAAGCUCGAACCAUUGCUCGAGAACUAAGAGUGCGGUAUGGGAAGAAUGAGAACGAAAUCAUGAAUAAAGACGUCAUAGAUCUUGAAGAGCCUCGCGCCUGGACUAUACCCCUGGACUUUGACCCCUUGAAGAGUACAGAUAUACCCUCGAUCAUCCUGACCCAUGUACCACUAUACCGAGCUCCAGGAACACCCUGCGGACCUCUCCGUGAGCGCUAUCCUCCAUCCAGAACCGACAGUGGCGAAGCGCCAGAGAAGGAUGAUGCAAAUGCGAUCGCUAUACAGCAAGGCGUACAGUAUCAGAACGUCCUCACCCACGAAAUAUCAAAGGAGCUGGUGGAGCUUGUAGGAGACGUAUCUCACAUUUUCUCGGGAGACGAUCACGACUAUUGCGAUGUCAUUCAUCGAGGCUACACCUCAAAAAAUGGCGGUAUACGAGAAGUCACCGUCAAGUCGAUAUCUUGGGCCAUGGGUGUUCGCAAGCCUGGGUUCCUGCUCUUGAGCUUAUGGAACCCUGUGGAUGAGGAGGGGAAGGCUAACAGCCAGGAUGCUUCGAAAUCGUCUACGAUACAGAGUCACCUUUGCUUACUACCAGACCAGCUUUCGAUUUUCAUCCGCUAUGGUUUGUUGUUAGCAUUUACGCUCGUCGUGCUGUUCGUUCGAGCAGUCAGAAUCGCCUAUGGUCCAACGCCAGCUACCAGUAACACCAAUGGCUCCCUUCUGCCCCUCUCUAAGAUCAAGCCAGCCCCUACGAAACAGCAAGACACACCAUCCCACGCCAGCUCAUCAAGUACCUCUUCCCAAAAUGGCCUUGCAGUCAGACCAUCAGCCGGGCCAAGAAAUGUGACUCCCGGAAGCGGUUACGGCUAUCAGCCUCCUACCGUCGAGGACGAGGCUGAGGAUGAGAGUCCGCAAGGAGUUGCAGUGAACAGGACAUGGAAUGAUAGUGCGUUAGACGAGCCUUCGAGACGAAAGCGGAGAAAAGGCCUGAUGGUCGUGUACGACGAGUUCAGAUCAAGCGUGUUGAAUGUGGGGGUUGGCGCAAUGGUGUGGUAUAUAUGGCUUUUGUGGCAUAGCUAA